AUGGCUGCCAGGCCACAAGAGAAUGAAGAAAAGGAAAAGGAGAAGGAGAGGGAGGAGGCGGCGGGGCCUGAGGUUUUGGCGGGAGAUUUGAAUCUCUUGCCAUCCCCAGGGAUUGGCCAUGAGGGCGGAGCUAACAUCCAGGUACAGCAGGAGCUGGAGGCCACACCCUCCAAGUUAAUGGAGAAUAAAGAACAGGAAGAGGUAGAUGAAAGUGACUCCUCUCUGGAAACAGUGCCGGAGUUGAGUGUGGCCUCCAGUGAGAGUGAGGUUAUUUACUCACUCCCAAACGCUCAAGUGUCAAAAAGACCUGCAGAGUCUCCUCUGCCUAUUUUGGCAGAGAAGAAACAGCGAGCCAGACAGGACCUGGGUAGUUCCUCUUCGGAUGCCUUGGAGCACCUCUGGCCUGCUGGCUCCCCAAAUGAGCUGCUUCUGAAGCAAUGCCAGGAAGCGCGCGAAAUUCGGACGGCCCGAGUGGUGUGGCUACGGCACUCAAUAAGAGUGGAGCUGAGGACGGAUGCAUCGGCUGAAGCAAAGGAACAGUUCGGCUGGGACUGGGUAGUGCUACGCCUUUUGCGAGACUUCGGGAAGAUUGCGCCUUCAAAGAUUCUCUGUCUCCAGGGCUUCUCCACCUCAGGCUUCUUGGACGUCACCUUCGCCUUGUUCACGGACUGCUCCUCAUUUUUUCACCAUUGCUCUCGCCGUCUGGAGGAAGAUGUGCUCUGUGGCCUCCAUCUGGUGCCACUGUUUGUCAUGGAUGAAGUUCCCAUAACUGUCCACAUGUAUAAUCCCUUUGUGGCAAAUGAUGACAUCCGGGCUUUCCUGGGGAAGUUCUGCUCCUCCGUCUCGGCAGGGGAAAAGAUCCGAGGCAGAUUUGGGAUAUGGAACGGUAAGCGGAGGUUCCAGGUGAGGCUGAGGGUUGACCCAGCAGCGCCGGGGGGACUAUUACACCCUCCUGGCAGCUUUGCCAUCGGACCUCACCGGGGCUUCCUGUAUUACCCAGGCCAACCUCUUUACAGUCAGAGAUGCGGAGCGCUUGUCCAUGCAAAAGAGGCCUGCACUGAGCUUAUUGAUGCAAAUUUUAAACUCAUGGUGAUAAAUGCAGCAGAGUCGUCUAAUAACUGUCAAGCAGCCUAGAAAUACGCGUGUCAGAAUGUAAUGUCAGGAGAUGGCGAGCCCAAAAAAGACUUAAGUCUUAGAAAUGCUAAUAGUCAAAGAAAAACUUAUCGCGGUCCUAAAAGCGGCCACUUCGAAGAAAUUGACAGGCAAGUGUGUCAGUACGUAGCCGAAAAAAGAAAUGAGGGGCUACCCAUAACCAGAGCCGUCAUCCAGUUGAAGGCACUUGAAAUCGCGAAAGAGCUGGGCAUAGCCCCCACCGAGUUCAAAGCCAGCCUUGGAUGGUGCAGAAGAAUGAUCUUGCCCUCCGACUUCACGGAGAAACUGCUGGCUUUUCAGUGCUAUGUUAUCGGUUUAAAGAAACACUCAUAUCCCCUGGAUCAGAUGGGCAAUGCAGAUCAAACACCUGUGUUUUUUGAUAUGCCAACAUCUGUCACUGUACCUUAUUAAGGAGAGAAAUCAGUCAUUGUGAAAUCUACUCGAAAUGAGAAGAGUAGAGUGACCGUCAUGCUAGCGUGUCUCGCAGAUGGGACCAAACUUCCGCCGUACGUGAUUUUAAAGCGCAAGACGGUACUCAAAGAGGCAAGACCCGCUGGAAUUAUAGUUCGUGCUCAGAAAAAGGGCUGGAUGUAGACUGAGCUUGUGGUGGACUGGCUUAAAGUGGUGUGGGGCAGGCGAUGUGGAGCACUCAGAAAUAAGAGGAACAUGCUAAUUUUGGAUGCUUUCCGUGGACAUGUGACUUCGCCGGUCAAAAAGCAACUGCGUGCAAUGAACGGUGACCUCGUCAUCAUACCAGGGGGGAUGACAAGUCAGCUACAGGUGUUGGAUGUUGUGGUUAACAAGCCAUUCAAAGAUAAUCUGCGCAAGAGAUACACAGAGUGGCUGCUGUCUGGCAAUCACACACUCACAGCAUCCGGAAAAAUUCAAAAGCCCGCGGUAAGUCUGCUCUGUGAGCUACUCCAGGAAUGGGCUGCAGUGCCAACAGAGAGCAUCAUCAAUGGCUUCAAAAGAUGCUGUAUCGCAAAUGCUUUGGAUGGGCACGAGGAUGAUAUUCUGUGGGAGGAGCUAGUGGAGCCAGAGCAUGAGAGUGAUGACAGUGAGAGUGAACCCAGUGAGGCAGAGGACCUCUGUGAGGAAUAG